GCUCCCGCCGCCUCUCCUGCUGCUCUUCAUCAUUAAGGUGCGGUUCCUCCGGCAGGUGCUUCACCCACUCCCAGCUCUCAGAGGACUUCACCGCGGCCUAGCUCUCCUGGAGGAAACUUUUAAAAGGAUUUUAAAGGAAGAUUACUUUUAAAUAGUUUUGAAGACUAUUUUUAAGGCGAUUUACACUUUUUAAGGACAAACCAGGCAACUUUUUUUUUUUUUAAAAAAAAGAAGAACUAAAAGAAGGAGAUGGCGAAUAAAGGGAUGCAGCUGCUGGGGUUUUUUCUGGCUUUGCUGGGGCUCGUUGGCCUCAUAGCCGGCACCAUCAUGCCCCAGUGGCAGAUGUCUGCCUACGUGGGAGACAACAUCAUCACCGCCGUGGCCAUGUACCAGGGCCUGUGGAUGUCCUGCGCCUUCCAGAGCACCGGGCAGAUGCAGUGCAAAGUCUACGACUCCAUGCUGCAGCUCAACAGUGCUCUCCAGGCCACUCGUGCUCUGAUGGUCAUCAGUAUCAUCCUGACCGUGAUGGGACUGGGCGUGGCCUCCAUGGGCAUGAAGUGCACCAACUGUGGCGGUGAUGACAAAGUGAAGAAAUCUCGCAUCGCCAUGACCGGAGGAAUCAUCCUCCUGCUGGGAGCUCUGUGUUCCAUCAUCGCCUGCUCAUAUUUCUCCUAUCAGAUUAUCCGGGAUUUCUACAGUCCCUUCACUCCGGUCAACACAAAGUAUGAAUUCGGCAGUGCCAUUUUCGUCGCCUGGGCCGGAACGUUCCUCACUGUUUUCGGCGGCGGCUUGCUGGCUGCGUCCUGCUCCAAGCGCCAGACGUCCAGCCCGAAAUAUCCAAAGUCCCGACCCCCAAGCAGCUCCAAGGAGUACGUCUGAGUGCCAGGCCCACGUCCGCUUAGUACCAAAUCAAUAACGGCAGCAAGCUGGUGGAGGUUUUCCUGUGCGGCUGAUCUGAGAGCAGUUAGAAGUUUAUUUAGCUUAAAGCAAAUGUUUCUGAGAUCAGCACAUCAGGGCGACGUCUACGCCUGGCCUGCAGCAACGCAUUAUGUUUUCAGCUGUACUCAUUUCUUCCAUUGUUAACAGUGCCUUUUGUCUUGUAUUUUUUUUUUUGCUGUUGUUGUUAUAAUGAAAAUUUGUAUUCAUACGAAAUCCCACCUGUAAAGCCACGCUGUUUUGCAGAAGGAUGUUUUGAGACUGAGUAGUUUGUCUCUGAAGUGUAGAGCAUAACGCACUCAGGGAUCAGUGUAUAAUCUCUAUUUUGUAGUUAAAAACAUUAAACGCAGUGGGGAAAAGAAUGUCCUCCAUCUUUUCCCCUGUUUUAUCUUUAGGCCCAAAUACAGAACGCUGAAUGGUAGCAUUUAUUUUUAAAAAUCAAACACGGUUUAUAAAGAGUUCCAACACCAACAAUAUCACGUACGUUAUACCUCCAUCUCGUUUUAUUACCUCCCUGUUUGAAAAGUGAAGUUAUCGUUCGCCAAGCAUCACUUUUCCCACCUUCCACGAUCAACGAUCUGUUUAUCGAGCUUUGCUGUUGAUCCUGCUGAUCUCUCGACUCGCAAAAGUAAAUAUUAACCUUUAUUUCAUAAGCCGCGCCCUCUCGUUCACCGCUUCUACCACGCAUUCCUGCCAUAAUCUCCUGCCCAAAAAUGUCUUCUUUUCAACCUCAGAUAAAGCUUUGUUUGCAGUUUCCUUUCUUUAAAAAAAAAAAAAAAAAAAAAAGUUUCAGCAUUGAGCAGAAAUAGCUGUAGAUAUGGUUUAUCAUCUUGCAAGUUCAUUUCUUACAGUCUCACUUUUUUUUAAUGUUAUUUUAUGCAAAUUAAUUUUAUGUAAAUAAACACAGAGGAAAUGGAGGA